AUAGUCAAAAUAUAGUAUACCAAGUGUUUAUAUUAACGCUUGCGCGUUGUAAUAUUUUCGGAUACAUGUGUACCCAGUAUUGCAAAAUGAUUUGCAUAUGAAAGAAUUGAAUAUUUCGUUCGUAGUUCUUCUUCUAUAUAGUACUUCAUAGUACAAACAAUGAGUGACCAAGAUGGAAAUAAUAAUAACCUUACUUUGAGGGAAAAUUUAGUAAAAACUGCAGUGGAAUUUCUACAAAAUCCUAAGGUACAAAAUAGUCCUAUAGGACGUAAACAAGAAUUUCUUCAAAGAAAAGGUUUAACUGAAGAAGAAAUUAAAAGAGCAUUCAAAUUAGCUUCUAUAGAUAUAACAAUUGAUCAAAAUGUCAAUAAUUCAAAGGAUUAUACCGUGGUUCCUAUUCCACAAGGUCAUAUGUACCCGUGCUUUCAACAAAUAUACCCAUGCCAAAUAACUAUUUUCCAAAGAAUAAAAGAAUUCUUCAAUGCUACUGCCUUAAUUGGUGUUACUAUAUAUUGCGUAUAUUGGUUCUAUAAGAAAUUUAUUGAACCAUUACUAUUUGGCCGGAAAAAGAAAGAUAGUAUAAAAGAUUCAGUCACUGAGUUAGAUAAGAGUAUUCAAAAUUCUAUGAAAGAAGUAAAACAAUCUAUUUCAAAAGUCGAGGAGGAUGUACAAAAAUUGACUCAAAAUCAAUCUAUGGAUCCAAUGAUACCUCAAUUGGUACAAGAAUUGAAACAAGAUUUAGCUAGUCUCAAAUCUUUACUUUUAUCAAGAAAACAAUUUCCAAGUGCACCAACAUCAGUGCCAACAUCUAUAUCUAUACCAACAUGGCAAUUAGAUGCUGCAGGUACAAGUCAAGAAAAAGCAACUGAACGAGAAGAUGAUGCUGGAAGUGGAAGUAGCGCUAAUAACUCAGAUAGUUCUCUAGAAAUGAUCCGUGAAGAUCCACCUAAGGUGUAAAAUUAAAAUAAUUUAUAAAAAUUCACUUCCAUCAUAACAGUCUUCGAUAUAUAAAAUACUCUGUGAUGUCUCGUGAAAGGAAUACAUGAUUAUUUGUAAUAUAUAUUGAAAAUCGAUGUUCUUAUAAUUAUUGUAUUAUCAAUUCAUUUGUUUCGUUUAAUUCUAUUUUAACUUUGUACUACAAAAUCAGAUUAGAUAUAAUUGUUUUAUCUAAAAAAAAACUAUUUAAAGCUGAUUAUAAAGCAAAGAGAUACAUAUAAUGCAUUAUUUUAUAAAUAAUAUUAAAUUUUUGGAAAUGGUAAUUGUUACUUAAUUUUUUGUUUUCUUAUAUAGAAAAGUCUAAAGGAAUUAGUAUUUGUUCCGCAUUGAUUAUUAGCGUCGAUGUUCCAUCUCUGCUGUUAAAGGCCUCACAUAUUGUUUAAUAAUUUUUAUGAAAAUAAAAAAUUAAAUACAAAAUAAGAA